AAUACUUCUCUCCGCACCUUUUCAUCAAUUAGGAAAGAGAGAGAGAAGAAGGAGCGUUGUUGUCUCUCACACUCGCAUCGAGAAAGUACAAACUCUUCGCCGAAGAUGACGAAGAAGCCAAAUCUCCGAUCAAAGGAUUCAUCUCUCGGAGACGAUGCUGAGAAACUCUACGAGAAGAAGAUUCUGGAUCUGGAGUCCGUGAACGAAGCUCUCAAGAGUGAUGUGGAAGAGCUAAGGUCAAAAUUGGCUGAUGUUUCGAUAAGCUCAUCGGUUGGUACGUUACAGUCAAGCAGAAAGUUUUCUCAAAAGUCUAUUGCUAACAAAGAGGAGGGUAUGAGUUCAAGGAGUAAGUCUAUGUGCUCCACAAAGAAGUAUAAAACUGAGAGUUCUGUUAAGCAAUUUGAUGGUGAAGUUCAGAAAUUGAAGGCGCAAAAGGUUAAGUUGCAUUGCAAGAUCAAGCUAGACUCUAUGCAGUUCAGACUAUUGAAAGCUUCACUAGAAAAGGAAGUUCUUCAGCUCAAAAAAGAGCUAAGGAAAAGUGAGUUUGAGAAACAUGUCCUGUCAGCUCUGAACAAUCGCCAGAAGCUGAUUUUGCAGCUGAAGAAUACACAAGCUUUGACAGCCCUGAAGCGUCUAAAAAUGCUGCUUCAAUCUAAAAAGAUUUCUUCCAACAAAAAGAAAGGCCCAUCAAAAGGAACAAGCUCCGAGAUUCAGGAGUCUAGCAAUGAAUCAGGCCUACUAAUGAAACUGAAUAAAAUUCAUUCUGAUUACGAACGCCAAAUGAAAGAAAUGGCUGAAGAGAUCAAAAGGUUCAGCUUAGAGGCAGGUUUGUUGAAGGCAGAAUUUGAGGGAGAGCAAAGCUCAUGUUCUGCGUCUUGUGACAACCAAAUCAACCACACUCCAAUGGACUCAGAACUAAAGGAACUCAAAGAGGAAUUUAACAAACUGAGUACUCUUGUCAGCCAGAUGGAAAUGACCAAAUCACAAUUCAGUGAAACUGAUAAAGUUCAGAGCGAACCAGUGGAACGCUCUAUCACCAGCAAGAAUAUCGACGAUGAAUCAAACUCGGAGCCAUUUCAACCGGAAACUUCUGAGGAAACACUUUGCAAAAAGGAACAGAGCAAAGCAGAAGUGUGUUGCUCUUGCACUAAAAAAUCUUUGUGCAAGACCAAAAGUUGCAAAUGCAAGGCAAAUGGAAGUGGAUGUGGGGACUCUUGUGGCUGCUUAGCUUCCAAAUGUAGCAACAGAGACGAAAGUGCGAAACCCGACAAACCAAUGGAACCAAUAGAUGUUAAGAAGCCUGCUGGAAUUAGCCAUGACGACAAAGGCGCAAAUAAACAACCAUUACGUGACAUAGGGAAUAUACAAGAAGCUGUAAAAGUUGGUAAGUUGAGGAAAGUGCAGAAACGGGUUGCUAAGAAAUAAUGAAAAUUGAUAAAAGGAUAUGAAAGUAAACAGAGAAACACUUUAAGAAGCUUAAACGUUUUUCUUUUGGUUUAUAUACCAAAACCGCUGCAAUCAUUAUCUAAACGUUGUAAAAGAAAAGGUGUCUCAGACAUUUGGCUAUGAAUCGUUUGAUUUUAGAGCUAUUUUGCAACUUGAGGUCUGAAGAUGAUAAGAGACUUGGUUUGUUUUUUGAAGUUCAAAA